AUGAGCCCGCUGUCGGUGUCCCCUUGUAUUACUGGUCUCUUUCUAUUGUCUCUGAAGGUGGGCGUGGCUAGGUCUGUUGCUUCCGCCAGUGGGACUUUUCUGCCAGUGGGUUUGUUGCUUCCCACUGGUAGGCCCUUUCCUCCUACCAGUGGACCUAUUACCUCUUGCCAGUGGAACUUUCUUUACGGUUGCCAAUCACCCAAGUUCCUUUUGUUGCCGGAGAGUUUAUCACUUCCACUGGGUGGUCCAUUUAUCUCACUGACAAAACGGUUCCGUUUCUGCCGCAAAAUUUCCCGCUGUUACGCGACUUAUGUUCGCCAGAUCGAAAGCCCAUUUGGCUUCCAACACAGGCCCAAGGUCAAAGUCAAGUCAAGGUCAAGGUCAAAAAUCAAAAUCGAGACGCAUAGUCAAGGUCAAGGUCAAAAAUCAAAAUCAAGACGCAUAGUCAAGGUCAAGGUCAAAAAUCAAAAUCGAGACGCAGAGUCAAAGUCAAGAUCAAAAAUCAAAAUCAAAAUCCACGGUUAA